AUGCUUCGCCUUCAUUUAGGUCACUACAUUACAGCACUAUAUACGGUGUCAUUUCAACUUACAUUAUUUGUACAUCUUAUGUAAGUUAAAAUAAAUAUAAUUUACACACCAAAGUAUAAAAAUUAUAUUUGACAAUUCUUUCGAACAGUAUUUUACGUGGAUUGCAAAAUAUAGUGUUACUGAUCAGGUAGUGAGAGCCUCCUUCAGCCUAUCUGGAAUAAGUCGAGUGUCGCUGCUUGCAAACAAAAUCAGCCUAUCACAGGCUCUAUCUCUGCCUAUCACGUGAACGUGCUCGACAACUUCUUCCUCUACGCACUCACCCACAAACCCGCGACCUGUCAAACCCGUCAGAUUCCUGACUGUUCACUACGCUAUUGGCGCAAAGCUGAGUCUACAGGCAGACGAAACUCGGAAGGUGGAGGUACGUAAUUCAAGCGCAUCCCCGAGGAAGCUACACUGGACUGGAGAGGAGAAGAAGCAAAGUCGGAGGUGGCGGCGGUCGAAUAAUAGGCAUGCAGAUCGCAACAGGAAGGAGAUGCAAACCACAGCUUCUUCCUACCCAGCUCAAUAUCAAUGUAAAUUAACCUCCUUAAAACUUUGUUUUAAGCCUGCAUUUGCAAAGGUCUGUUGCUGAUUUUAUUUCUGGGUAUCCCAUACUGUACAAAGUUAAGAUUUAUUUUGGAUGGGCCAUGAUACCUAUGGUGAAGCAUUACAUAUGAAGCAAGACACUUGAAGUCAAAAGUCUAUGAACCAGGAUCAUAAGGACAAGGAGAGAUUGCAAGAUUCUAUAAAUUGGUUCUAAGCUACAUUUCCAGAAAGGCCAAUAUUAGCUAAAUUAUUGAGAAAUAAGUGACAUGUAAAGCAAUAAGAAUAUAAAAUUAAUGACACUAAGGCGUCAGCUAAAAAAGUGUGGAAGAUUUGUUAUUACUGUCACGAAAAACAGGUUAAUGAAUCAUUGAUAAAGGUGUCACAUCUUUAUAUAAAAUUCAUACACCAAAAAGAAGGUAGCUGUAUAAGCCCUACAAUUUUUGAUAAUUGAUUGACAUGGCAUUGUCAUUCUUUUACAACCAUGAAGUAAUCUCUGUCGUACUAAGAAGUAAGAGUUAGAUUUAUACUGGGGCAGUUAUCCAUUAUUUAAUUAAAGAAUAAAUAAUAAUAAAGUCAGUCGUAAUAGUUUUGGUAAAAUAAGAUUAGUAGGGGGUUUUAGUAUCUUUGUAUUUUUUUUUAAACCCAGCCAUAUGUAUAAUCUCACACGUUAUGCAAGCGCUAAUAAUAACAAAGGACAAGUCGUAAAUGCAGGUAUUUUCUUACAGGCUAUAACAUUAUUAUAAUAGUUUAAAGCAUUCCUGAUAUAUGGGACAGUCUUUCUCAGCCCUUUAAAAUAUUUAGUUUUAGGUAUAAAAACUGAAUUUACAUGCAGUGUAGGUUACAUGUACUUUCAUAUAGCCAAAUGUUAACUCAGAUAAGCUGUGGGUAUUCAUGGGGUAAGGUUGAAAUGAACAGUAUUCUCAGCCAGCCAUAUUUACACAGAAAAAAAAAUUUGCACAUAAUUCAUAAUGGACAGUCUUUAUUCUGGGUAGAUGGGAAAUCUUCCUGUAUCACUUUAUCUGGUAAAUUACACACAGACAUAAACAUAAAUGGACUCACUGGCACUGUGUUACAGGAGUACAAAGAAGAUCUUAUAGAUGUGCAAAAGCUGUAGUAGAUCCAUUCUCUAAGACAAUAAGCCUUUUGAUAUUUUAAUUACACCAUUCGAGUGCUGCCAACAGAAAUUUAAAUGGAGUGACUACUAACAAAAAGGACAAGGCAUUCUUUUCAUUUUUUUUUGUUUGUUCCAGUGAUGGCGAGACCAGUUGGCACUUUGUCUCCCUUGAUUGUUGAAAACACUACAUUUUAUUUUUCCCUUUCUGCAACUCCUCAACCACUGAAGCCUGCAGUGCCUCCUUCAGUGAAGCAGGGAGUGACUGCUGUCUAUGCCACCUUGUAUGGACUUCUCUUCCUCUUUGUGUACUUGCAGCUAUGGCUGGUCUUACUGUAUAGACACAAGAGGCUGAGUUACCAGACUGUCUUUCUCUUCCUAUGUUUACUUUGGGCUGGCCUGAGGACCACUUUGUUCUCUUUUUACUUUCGGAACACUAUGACUGCAAAUCAUCUUGACCCAUUCUCCUUUUGGCUACUGUACUGUUGUCCUGUUUGCCUCCAGUUCUUCACACUCAAUCUCAUGAAUCUUUAUUUUGCACAGGUGGUAUUUAAAGCUAAGACUAAGUUCAAUCCAGAGAUAAGCAAAGGCUUCACAUUUACCAGAGCCUUGCUUCUCACAGCUAGCCUGGUGUUUCUUCUGGUGAAUCUGACUUGUGCCUUACUAGUCCGGAUGCAGCAAAGGGAGAGCUGGACAGUGGUUCUUGUACGAGUCCUGAUCAAUGACACCCUCUUCAUUUUGGAAGCUGUCUCUCUAGCUGCAAGUCUGGUGACCCUGGCAAAGCUUUCUCCAUCAACCAGCAUCUACCUGCAAGCUAAGGGAACUACAGUGUGCCGGACUGCUGCCUUAGGAACAUGUGUAAUACUGCUCUUUACCAGCAGGGCAUGUUAUAAUCUGGCAGCAUUAGUUCUCUCCAGAAAGAAGCAAAUGGAUUCCUUUGACUUUGAUUGGUAUAAUAUUUCUGAUCAGGCAGAUCUGCAAAUGGACCUUGGGGAGAAUGGCUACUUAGUAUUUGGUGUUAUCUUAUUUGUGUGGGAACUUCUUCCCACUGCCUUGCUGGUUGGGUUCUUCAGGGUACGCAGGCCGUCCCAAGAUAGGGCUAACACUGGGCUUAUCAAUGGGCAAAGCACUGGGCCACGCUCUUAUUUUUUUGAUAAUCCUCACCAGUAUGAAGUCAAUUUUCCUGCACCUUGGCUUUCUGCAGGACAAGCUGAAAGAUCCAGUUUAACAGGAAGCCUGCAAGAGAACAGCUGGUAUGGUGCGAUGACAAGAAAUGGCACAGAAGCUGGCUGGUUUGGACACAAUGAAACUGCACCUCUUUUGUUUGCCAGGGAUACUGUGCAAACCAAUCAACACCAUAGCCUAUACUCCACACCACAGAACUAAAGUGGCACCUUCUACAUUUACCAUCACCAAAUAUGUCUGAACAGAUGGUGCUUACACUAGUGAGGACUCGUUUAGCUAACAUUUACUUGGCUUCUCCUUAAAGACUGUCCUAAACGGAGACGUUCACAUGAGCUCUCUCUGGUUUAGCUGGUCUGGAUUGCAAUGCUUACAAAUGCAUGGAACUGCAGAACUUCAUUGUUACAGCUUGGAAAGUUUCCUCCCUACUUCUACACUUUUGCAAAACAAAAAUUCAGAUUAUAAGAGUGGAAGCCAAUUUUAGAGGGACCAUAAAUAUGCUCUGAUCCAGCUACUUCCUUACAUUUAUUAGGACAUCAAUAGAAAAACCAAAGGAGAACCUUAUACC